AGCACCGUGCCUAUAAAAUUUGCAGAACCCCCUCUCUCUCUCUCCAACUUUCAGUGAGAGAAAAACACUUGCAAAUUCCAAUUUCUAACAACAGAACCACAAUGCAGAAGAGUGCUUCAUCUUCAUCAUUCGGUCCAGGAGGCCUAGACAUAGCCCAAUCCUUCUUCAAACCAAUCCAAAAAACAUCUCCACCAUCCCCCACCAAACGCCACACCAAAAUCUCCGUCAUCGGCGCCGGCAACGUAGGCAUGGCCAUAACCCAAACCGUCCUAACCCAAGGCCUAGCCGACGAGCUCGCUCUCGUCGACGCCAAUCCCGACAAGCCACGUGGCGAGAUGCUGGACCUCCAGCACGCCGCCGCCUUUCUCCCCCGCACCACCAUCCUUGCCUCCGUCGACUACUCCGUCACUUCCGGGUCGGACCUUUGCAUUGUCACUGCCGGAGCGAGACAGAACCCGGGUGAGUCUAGGUUGAACCUGUUGCAGAGGAACGUGGCUCUGUAUGAGAAGAUUGUGCCGCAGAUUGUGAAGUACUCGCCGGAGACGAUUUUGAUGAUCGUGUCGAACCCGGUGGAUGUGUUGACGUAUAUUGCGUGGAAGCUCUCUGGGUUUCCUUCGAAUCGGGUUAUUGGGUCGGGGACUAAUUUGGAUUCUUCUAGGUUUCGGUUUUUGAUUGCGGAUCAUCUUGACGUUAACGCUCAGGAUGUUCAGGCAUACAUUGUUGGGGAGCACGGUGACAGCUCGGUGGCGCUAUGGUCAAGCAUUAGUGUUGGGGGAGUCCCAGUCUUGAGCUUCCUGGAGAGACAGCAAAUCGUAUAUGAGAAAGAAACCUUAGAGAAAAUUCACAAACAAGUUGUGGAAAGUGCAUACGAGGUCAUAAGUCUCAAAGGUUACACAUCAUGGGCAAUUGGGUACUCUGUGGCUAGCCUUGCUCGAGCCAUACUUAGAGGCCAGAGGAGUAUCCACCCUGUCUCGGUCCUUGCAAAAGGGUUCUACGACAUCGGUGGUGACGUGUUUUUGAGCUUGCCGGCACAGCUUGGCCGGAGCGGGGUAUUGGGUGUGGCUAAUGUGCAUCUUACCGAUGAGGAGGCGCAAAAACUUAGGGACUCGGCUAAGACCAUUUUGGAGGUGCAAAGCAAGUUGGGCAUUUGAAGAGGAUUGGAUGACAACGUUGUUAGUUGAACAGAAAUAAAUUGAAGUUAUGCUAAAGAGAAAGGGUGUGUAGUAUUUUGUGAUUUAAUUCUGCGUAACUAGAUUUUUUUUCAUUAUAUAAAAGCAUUUUCAAUUUAUGCACUCCUCUAGUACAUGUUUCCACUUCCCAAUUCUCAUGUUCUUAGUAUUUCAGUUUUGUUCAAGUUUAGAAGGGUGCAAAUUUAUUCACACACAUAUGAAUAAUACAUAUCAUUUUAUUGGUUCA